AUGGUUCUUGAUGGGUUUCAGAAGUCAGAUCCUUUUGUACGUUUUCUCUGCCUCGUGAUCCAAGAUGGCUGUUCAAGCUCUGGCCAAAAUGUCACCAUCCCUGGCAGCAGGAAGGAGGAAGGAGUGAUGGAGGAUACCACAGAGACAGGUGAAGAUGAAGAGGACCAGCCUCUCAGCCUGGCCUGGCCUUCUGAUCCACGCAAACAAGUCACAUUCCUAAUUGUUUUCCCUAUAGUGUUUCCUCUAUGGAUCACGUUACCUGAUGUCCGCAAACCAUCAUCAAGGAAGUUUUUUCCCAUCACAUUCUUUGGCUCCAUCACCUGGAUCGCAGUAUUCUCUUACUUGAUGGUCUGGUGGGCGCAUCAGGUUGGAGAGACAAUUGGCAUUAGUGAAGAGAUUAUGGGUCUGACCAUCUUGGCUGCUGGGACCUCCAUCCCUGAUCUGAUCACCAGUGUCAUAGUGGCCCGGAAGGGACUUGGGGACAUGGCUGUAUCCAGCUCUGUUGGAAGCAACAUUUUUGACAUCACUGUAGGGCUUCCGCUGCCCUGGCUGCUGUACACCAUCAUUCACAGAUUCCAGCCUGUGGCCGUCAGCAGCAAUGGCCUCUUCUGCGCCAUCGUCCUCCUCUUCAUCAUGCUGCUCUUUGUCAUCCUCUCCAUCGCCCUCUGCAAGUGGCGGAUGAACAAAGUGCUGGGCUUCAUCAUGUUCGGCCUCUACUUUGUGUUCCUUGUGGUCAGCGUCCUCCUGGAAGACAAAAUUCUUGUGUGCCCUGUCUCCGUCUAGCAGGAAAAGCCAUAUCUUGAACCAACAGCAUGGACAGUCCCUCCCUGCUCUGGGUUGUAGGCUCCUUGACUUCUGGAGAAGAGGCCGCUGGCACACAGCCCUGGGCAUUUCGAGUGUCCCUCCUUGGAAGAUUCAAGGAGGGAUGGGUUCACCCUGGACCCAUUCAUUCCACGGGCUACUCCCACCCUCACCUACUGAAAUGGCUCCAUGCAAGAGACAAAGAGAUCCGACCCUUUGGGGCUUCUCCCCCUGCACCGCUGACAGGUAUUCCUUGCUGGUCAGAGGUGCAUUCAUUGUAAUGAUGCAAACAAUGAUG